AUGAAGUGGUGGCUGUUAGUGGGUCACACAGCCACCCGUUUCCGCAGAGGCCAGGGGGAACAGACCUUCUCACCCUCGGUCAGCGCUAGGACACCGGUGGGUGAAACGGUCGCACAGGUGGCCUUCUCGCUCCUGAUGCAGAAGCCCUCCGCAAGUAUUGGACCACUACAGAUCUGUAGACAUAAACUCCUGUGGAAACGGAUCGUUUCCAAAACUGUAGAUUACCAAAAUAAUAAAACCAGGAUGCACGCUGCUUCGUCUGGAUCCGCAACAAUAGCUUUCAGUGUCCCACCGUUCACUCUCAGAGGGCUCUACAAGCAACUGAAUGACGUGCUUAAUGAAAGUCCCGCGGGAACAGUCUACUCUCUCAAGGAUUAUCUGGGCCUCGCCGUAAAGGAGGUCCUGCUCGACGGCCUGGACAAGGGGGAUCUGGACACCAUCAGACUAGAGCUGGCCACCCUUCUCGACCUCUCCCAUCCGGGGGUCCUCAAGCACCAUCAAGUGGUCGAGGAUGAUGACUUCAUCUACGUCGUCACGGACCGCCACGACAAGACUCUCGAGUGCCUCCUCACUGAACACAAGCGAAGGAAGAUCCCCGUCCCUAUCGCUGUGAUUCUCUCCGUCCUGAGGCAGGUCGCUGCCGCCCUCGCCUAUCUCUACGGCCUCAGUGGGAUAGGUACUAGGGGGCUCGUCCACCGCGACCUCAGGCCUGCCAAUAUAUUUAUCAGCGCAGAUGGUGAGUACUUCGUCAUCGCUGGUCUCGGCCUCUGCAGGAACGCCCUGAGAGGCGGGAGCAUCACCGCGAUAACAAGGCCGUACAUGGCCCCCGAGGUGCUCCUCCACAACGAGACCAGCCCUGCCUCCGAUGUGUGGAGCCUCGGGGUCAUCGUCUACGAGCUUACUAUUCUGAGGAGACCGGACUUCCUAGAAGGUAAAGACCCAAAAGACGUCUUCGUUGACGGGUGGAGGCCGAACCUGAGCGGUGUCACCGAUGGCUUCAUAAAGAGCAUUCUGGAAAGGAUAUUCGUGCUGGAGCCAGAGAGGAGGCCAACGGCCAAGGGACUGUGCGAGAUGCUCGCCACAGCAGACAUCCCAGUUAGUGAGCUGGGGCAUCGGUGUGUGGCACUAGAAGACAAAUGCAGCGCCUUGGAGGCUGCUUUGAACAGUGCUAAUGCUAAUAUCGUGCUUCUGAAGGACGAGCUCAAGGUCGAGUCGGAUAAGGUCACUGCUCUUGAGGCAGCCCUCGACGCCAGGUCUGCUGAGAUUGCCUCUCUAAAGGGCGCUCUUGAGAACAGGCCAAGUGAGGCCGACGCCCUGGGACAGGAGCCCCGACUCAAGACCACCAGGAUCGACGCGCUUGAAGAUCAGUGCAAGGAGUAUUUAGCCAUGAUUAAGGCACUGGAGGAUAAGCUUGCACAAUCUAGUAGUGGGAUGAACACGAGUAGCCCCCAGAUCAACCUCUCCGCGCUGCCUCAACUGAUAUACGCUGCACACACGAAUGACAUGGAGACUGUCCAGAUGCUGGCCAACGAGAAAGAUUGUAUCGGUCAGCGCGACGAGCGGGGGAUGACGGCCCUCAUGCAUGCAGCCCAGCAGGGGCACGGUGGGCCUGUUGAGCUGCUUGUUAAGAAGGAAAAGGGCCUCAAAGAUAAAAACGGCUGGACCGCGCUCAUGCACGCCGCACACGGGAACCAUCCUGAGGUAGCUAGGAUUCUCAUCCCUCAUGAGCAUGGGAGGAAGAGCAAGAACGGCCGUACUGCUCUGAUGAUUGCUGCACAGGAGGGCCAUGCGGAGGCUGCUUCUGUUCUGGCUCCGUACGAGGAGGACCUGACCGACAGACAAGGCAACACGGCCCUGAUCCUUGCGGCAGAGGCAGGACACGAAGCUGUGGUGGAGGCUCUCGACCCAACCGAUGAUAGGGGCGUCACAGCGCUCAUGCGGGCCGCGAAAAGAAACGACACAUUAGCAGUAAGCGCACUCAUACCCGUCCAGAAGAAGCGAUUGGCACCUACUGGGACAGCGCUAAUACAAGCAGCAAUAUGCGGCCACGUAGCAGCAGUACGACUGCUGAUGCCAUAUGAGAGUAGGGCACGGGAUGGUUGUGGUGCGACCGCCCUCAUGAAGGCUGCCUCUGAGAAUCAUGCAGAAGUAGUGCAGCUGUUGAUGGAGCGCGAAGGCUGCAUGCUGGAUCCCCAUGGCUUACCCGCUAUCGUGCACGCAGCGUAUGGCGGCCGCUUAGAGAUAGUGAAGCUGCUAUUUGAAAAGGAGGGGCAUCUAAUAGACAAGUCUAAUGAAUCCUUCUUUGAUAAGCUUGAGGCCAAGGGCUACUCUGAGAUAGCAUCCUUCCUUAGGGACAGCCGUACACCGGGCGCCGAUGACUGCAACGAUCACCAAGCUGCUCCACGAGCUCACGAGUAA